AUGGUGAAAGAAGAUAAAGACAUGUACUCUUACUUAUGUACCAGUCUCACAUACUCACUCAUGGUCCACCGAAAAUGUGCUGCCUUGCCAUUGAUUGUCAAACAUACAGGUCACCAGCACGCUCUCAACCUCACCGGCUGUUCUCAGGUGAACCAAUCUGAUUGUCAACGUUGUCGUCUUUGUGUUAAAAAGGUAGACACUGACAGAGUUUAUUAUUGCUCAAAAUGCAAUUUCGUUGCCCACCUUGAUUGUGCUACACGCAAGGGAUACACACAGGAAAUAACAAAGGAAGAUUCGGAAUUACUGGAUGAAUCCAUUGAAGAUUCAUUAGCUUAUGCUGUCAAAAAGAUCAAGAUGGGAGAGGAUAAGAUUAAAAUAGCCCAAGAAAUCGAAAAUUCUAGUCAUCAACAUGACUUAAAGCUUAUUGAUGAGCUUCUUAUCAACAAGGAAAAAUGUGAUGGGUGUAUGCAUCCUAUAUUCCCUCCGUUUUACACUUGUACUCAAUGCAGAUUUUUUCUUCAUAAAUCUUGUGUUGAAUUGCCCAGAAAAAACGACACACACUUCACUCCCACCUCCUCACCCUCCUCGCAAAGGCUCCUUAUGUUGGUGGCAACUUCGGUUGUAAUGUUUGUGAUUGUGCUGGCUUCACCUACCAUUGUCAGAAAUGCGAGUUGA